CAUCUCGCAUAAUUGAUCGCUUCCCGUGAACACGCACGCACAACGUUUCCCUUACCGCCAAAAUGCCAAAAAGAAAGCGUCCCUCUCCCUCGCCAUCCCUCUCCGCCGAGGAAUCCUCCUCCAACCGCGCCGUCUCCCGCCAGAAGAAGCUCUGCACCCAGCUCCUCACGACCUCCCAAAAGUCCCUCGUCUCCGCCCUCCGGCUCGGCGCGGGCUUCGAACGCCAGAAAUACAGUCGCAGGCGGAAAACCGCGAACGUGAAAAAGGAUGAAAAAGCUGUUGCGCGGCUGGACGCUGAAUAUGCGGUGUUGAAGGGUUUGGAGAUUCCUAAGAUCGCGGAGCAGCAUUUGCGGAAGACGAUAUUGAAGGUGAAGAGCUUGAGGGAGCAUGAGGGAUUGCCUGAGAGCGUAAAGGAGGUGGAGGGUGGUCAGAAGGAUCCGCUGUUUUUGAAUGUUACGGCGAGAUUGUAUAAGAUACAGGCGGUGAAGAAGGUGAUCGACGAGUGCAUUGAGGGUUUGAAGAAGAUACUGAAGGUUGGCGGGGGUGCGCAGAGUGGCGGAGACAAGGGCAAGGAAGAGAAGGAGGAUAGGAGGAAGAAGGUCAAGGUGGAGGACGAAGGGGACGAGGAGGGCGCGAGCGAAGACGACGGCGAGGCCUUCGCGAAGUUUGACGUGCGGAUCGCGGCGCCAUCGUCCGGCGAGGAUAAUAGCGACGAUUCGCUAUCCGAUGGACAGAGGCCACCCAGCGUCGCGGAGAGCGAAACCGGAGAUGUGGAAUUAGACGAUAUCACUGAGAACGAGUCUUCAGGCGAUGAAGCGUCUACACAACGCAACAGCGCCAAGACAUACGCUAGCGAGGACGGAUCCUCGGAUGAUGACGACGACAGUGAUGGAGCCAUACCUCGUAAUGGCUACCCCAACAGUGACGAGAACGAGGACUCGGAAUCCCUUGGAGUUUCAUACGAUGAUACCAAACCAGCUCCGAAGGCCAAAGCAAAGAAAGCAGCCGGAAAGCCGUCUACGUCGACCUUCCUUCCCUCGCUAAGCCAUGCGGCCUACUACUCUGGCUCCGAAUCCGAGGCGUCCGAUUUGGACAUUGACAUUGCGCCCAAGAAGAAUAGGAGGGGACAACGGGCACGACAGAAGAUUUGGGAGAAGAAAUAUGGGGAAAAAGCGAAACACAAGCAGAAAGAGGAGAGGAACAAGGGCUGGGAUCCGAAACGGGGAGCUGUCAGUGAAGACCGACGAGGCAGAGGCGGUCGAGAAGGAAGAGGCAGCGCAAAAGAUAGCAUGAGAACUGGUCGCGGUCCUCAACGCAGCGGGGAGAACCUGAGGGAGUUGGGUCCCAGGAGAGUUGCGAAGCGUGAUGACACGGGGCCUUUGCACCCGAGCUGGCAGGCUGCCAAAGCGGCCAAGGAGAAGGAGCUUAUGGCGAAGCCGCAGGGCACGAAGAUUGUCUUCGAUUGAGCAGGUAGUUUCUAUGAGUUGAUACCCAAAUCAAGCAUGAUGUUUUGCGCUUUCUUA